CCCGCGUCUGCGGAUGACACCAAAUCCUUUCAGCAGCGCAGGAUUUCGUGACCGGUUUAAGCGACCUUAUUCUAGAAAUAAUGGCGUCGGCACUGGAGGGCUGUGUGUCGUCCUUGCGAAGCAGCAUGCAACUGCUUGAUUCAUCUAUCAACAUAUUGGAUUCCGGCGUAAACGACUACCCUCGCCUGGCUAAAGUUCUACAGACGACAAGACAUUUCGAGCUCAUCUCAGAACCGGACCUGCAAAGUGCACAAGCCGCCCUGCUCUCCGAAAUUGGUCCCGAAAUCGAAAACCUUCUUCAACGGGUUACGAAUUACCUCGACAAGCUCGAGCGUCGAGAGCAGUCCCUCAUUGCGAAGUGCGACCUGAACGAGGGCCGCCUUGGAAACGAUAACAACAGUGGCUCCGCAUUCCGCCCCAGCAGCAGGGCUCAGGGUCGAAGUGGAGGGGAAGAAACUACAAAAGGAAUGACUGCACUGCAGGAGAUGAAGUACAAGCAAUUGAGGCAGAAGAAGCAGCGGUUGAGCUAUGCCGUCGAGACGUUAGAGAUGCAGGCCAAACAGAGGGAGAGACAAUUGAGGAUGAGCAUGGCAGCGCCUCAAUUGUACGAUGAUUGA